AUGUGUAUUAUUGUGUUUAAUACUGUUGUCAUUUCUGUUAUAUUCAUGAACAAACAUCUCCAUGAGCCCAUGUACAUUUUUAUUUCUGCUUUACUUUGUAAUGCUCUUUUUGGAGCGACUGCUCUUUACCCUAAACUGCUUAGUGAUUUACUGUCUGAAAAACCAAUGGUUACUUUGGAAAUGUGUUUAUUUCAGGCAUUUUUUGAUUUUUUACUCAUCCCUCCUUUAUUCAAUCCCAUAAUAUAUGGGUUAAAACUGCAGGAGAUUUGGAAUAGCACCAUCUGA